AAUAGAGGAGAAAGGGCUGGAUGGGAAAGACAGACAGAGGGAGGGAUACAGACAACCGAUAAAGAAACACACUGAGAGCAACAGUGGUAAAGCAAGGCUACAGACGGAGACAGAGAUAAGGUCUGGAUAUAAAUGCUCAGUCCACCAGCUGGGGAAUAAUAACUGCAGCAAGUGACUGGAGGAUACAGAGAAAGGGGGAAGCAGAGAGAAGAUGGAUGUACAAACAGAGAACGUGGACCCCCCGCCUUGUGAAUCCCAGUCGAGUGGAAAAAUCAGAAAAGGAUUCAAGCUGUUUGGCAAACGCAAGCCAGGUAACAUUUUUUCUAUUCGUGGCAAAGGGGAUGGGAACAACAAGUCACCUGUUAUCAGGAGCAAAACCAGUGAUGGAUUAUCUGAGACUGCUGCACCAGAUUCAGAGCAGGAGCCAGACAAGGAAAAGGCACAGGAGGUGAGUCAAGGAGAGAGGGAGCAGGCAGAAGAGGAGGCUCUCGGUGAAGAUGGCGUUCUGGCUGCAGCCCCAGCUCGUGCCUCCAUUUCUUCAGCCAGCUCAGCCAAGUCCCUCAGCUUCCUGUCGCUGCUGAGGGGUGGUCGGAGAGGAGUGGGGGACCGCAGGGUCCACACCGUGUCCCAGCCUGUGGGUCGGCACCGUCGUGGGCUGAAGGGACUGUUUGGCAAUGUUAAGUUUAAAUCAAAAGAUAAAGAGGAGAAGGAGGAAGCCCCUCCAAGCCCACUUCUCAUGUCGUCCCGCGCCAACAGUGUGGAAAUCAUCAAAGAGGACCUCACCCUCACCCCCAAAUCCCAUCCUCGCUCUCUGGACAGCCCAGAGACUGAGAGCUAUGAGCCUGAAAAGAGCUUUGCAACACAGGACAGUGAAGCUACGUCCCCAUCAGAGACCUCAACUCCCCAGGUGACGGCAGGCGAUGUGAGUAGAACUGAUGAGCAUGUGCCGCCUUUACCCACCUCUGAGCCACCUUUGGUACCCGGGGAUAACAGCCUGAGCUGCCUGCUGGCAGACAUCUCCUCUCUCCUGACCUUUGACUCAAUCACAGGGGGUGGAGACAUUAUGGCUGAUGUGGAGGCAGAGUGGGGAAAAGCGAGCAGUCCCGUGAGUGCUGCGGGGACUGAAGUCACGCCAUCAUCCACAUCUCUCUUCUCCAAACCCACCAUCUCAUCUCCACCGACCUCUGCCUCCAUCAACACAGCUGCUACGGCAAAACCCUCUCCUGUAGCCGUCCCCACAACAACCUCUACCCAAUCCUUUACUCCUCUGACAAAGACAACUGCAACCUCUUCUCCCAAGCCGAGCUCCAUCAUCACGACGUUGACCAAAUCUUCCACUUUGACGACUCAGUCAGUCAAACUGAGUUCGGACUCUACUGCAGCCCCUGAGCCUUCUGCUAGCGUAAAAAUUAAAUCAACUCCUUCGCCCAUUGCAACGAGAACCUCAACUACCCCUGUAACGUUAACAAGCCUUUCGGCUCCAAUAAUGGCUCCUCCUUCCAUGACCGUUAAAUCCACACUGAGCAUCACCUCUGCUUCUUCAACAGCUCCUCCGAACACACCUGCCACUGUAGUAAAGGCUCCCACAGCUAGUCCAACUCUUACCAGUACGGCUAGCAAAUUGGCUUCAGAGGUGAUCGCAGCACCUCCUCAAGUUGUUGCUUCAGUAAGUAAACCUAUCCCUGUUGUGACUCCAACGACUACAUCAGCUAAACCUCCACCAGUAACCCAUAGCCCUCCCACAGCUGUUGCUUUUACCCAACCUCCACCUGCUAAACUGGAUUCAGCUAGCAGCUUGAACCUGCAAACUUCCACUUCCUACAAACCUUCCCUGAGUUCAGCUGCAGGAGAAUCUAAAGCCCCAGUGACAGUAUCACCAGCCAGUGCUGUUACAACUAAACCCCCCUCUCCUCCACCCUCUAAGAUGACAACGGUUCCCACAUCAACUACGACCUCAGGCUCGGUAUCUGCGGCCCUUUCCAAACCAUCACUUACCUCUAGCCCAGUGGACUUAAGUAAGCCCUCUUCCUCUCUUGUAAGUGUUCCAGAUGUUCCUUCCUCUACUCUGACUGCCACAACUAAAACCCAACCCAGCCCUGCAUCUGUCCCAACGCCAUCUUUAACUUCUUUAGAUAAGGUUCCUCCCACGACUAAACCCACUCCUGCACCAGUGACUUUAGAUAAGACGCCCCCUGCUCCCACACCGACCCCAACCACUCAUGCUGUUGUUUCUACAGCAUCCGCAACACCUCCUCCCCCAGGUCAGACCCCAGCCUCUCAAUCUAAAGCCCCUCCUGCUCAGAUCCCAGUUUCUGUACCAAAAGAUCCAACUGCUCCAGCUUUGAUCUCAGUUACCCAGUCUAAAGCUCCUCCUGCUCAGAUCCCAGUUUCUGUACCGAAAGAACCACCUGCUCCUGCUCAAAUGCAAGUCUCUCAGUCUAAAGCCCCUCCGGCUCCGGCUCAGAUCCCAAUUUCUGUACCUAAAGAAACACCUGCUCCUGCUCAAAUUCAAGUUUCUCAAUCUAAAGCCCCUCCUGCACCUGCUCAGAUCCCAGUUUCUAUAGCUAAACCUCCUCCUGCUCCUGUUCAGAUCCCAGUUUCUGUAGCUAAAGCCCCUCCUGCUCCUGCUCAGAUCCCAGUUUCUGUAGCUAAACCUCCUCCUGCUCCUGCUCAGAUCCCAGUUUCUGUAGCUAAAGCCCCUCCUGCUCCUGUUCAGAUCCCAGUUUCUGUAGUUAAACCCCCUCCUGCUCCUGCUCAGAUCCCAGUUUCUGUAGCUAAACCUCCUCCUGUUCAGAUCCCAGUUUCUGUAGUUAAAGAUCCACCUGCUCCUGCUCAGAUCCCAGUUUCUCAAUCUAAAGCCCCUCCUGUAACAACUCCUGCCACUUGCCCUGUACCCUCUCCUUCCUCUCCUCCUGCACCUUGUCUGAGUGACGCUGCUAAGAUGAGAGGAAGUGGACAGGCAUCAGUAGAUGGGCAACUGACUAGUUCAAGUGGCACGGGUGCCCAGGGGGCCCAGACUGUGCCGUCUAAAACAGAAGAACUGCAUGCUGAGACACGAACGAGCGUCCAGGGCCCCCCCAGAGAAAGAAAGAUACCACAAGCUAAACCAUCGGGACUUAGCAAAAUACCUGUAGUUGGAGGGGGCAGAGCAGGCAAAAUACCUGUCCGGGACAGUCAACAUGAUGAUGAAGCAAGCAGGGAUCCACCUACUCCUGAAGACGACAGGCCCCAUUUCAACUCACAUGAUGCAGGGAGCAGAGAUAAAAUCAGUGAUGUUGAGGCUAAUGUGCCCACCUCAAAACACGCCCAGGAGGAGAGUCAGCAGCUUCCCCAGCCGAAAGUCCUCACCAGUUUACCGCGUGACUCAAAGAUCCCUGUGAAGCACGGCGCACAGUCUCACGCAGCCUCCCAAAUCCCUCAAGCUAAAGAGCCUGCUCGCACUAAGAUACCAGUGUCCAAGGUUCCUGUCCGCAGGUCUGGCACUAAACCUGCAGCUGCAGGCGGCAGCACCCAGUUAAGAAAAUAAAACAAUGGACUGAACCGACCAACGAUACAGAUUAUGGCUUUGACUGCAACUUUUUUUCCAAUAUUACUACAUGACCACCCUUUUUUAAUUAACGUUUCUAGACUGUAAUUCUUGGCUUCACAACAACAUAAGCAACAGUAACAAAGUCAAGGAGGCUGACAGCACUCAAGCACAAAACAUCUCCACAAGGAGCCAAAGCAACAAGCCUGGCUCUUUGGUGCUGAGCCAACUGGACAUGCACUCAGGAAAGGUUCGGGGUCACACCUGAACACACAGCAGCAUCGGGAACUAAGGAUAAGCAAGAAAAAAGGUCUUCUGGGAACACAGUCACACACACACAACACGGGCGAGUGCCUUUUUAAGGGUGCUUUUUCCGACAGACUUUCAGAAUUAAUCUUUUCUACAGUACUUUUAACUUUUGUUACUCCCACUUUUUGUAGGAACGGUCAACUCUUUUUUGUCUUUCUUUCCAGCGAGUCUUUGAUAAUAACCAGUCCCUUUACUCUUUAUUUAUGUCAGGAGAAGAACAGCAGGAGCUCUAUAAAUUAAUGCAACAACCAAAUUUACAUUCCACACCUAUCUCUGGAUGUAUGUAGCAUAAAACGUGCCAUUAAUUUUUUGCACAAGAUGUUGAACUGUACAGCGCCUGUGUGUCCGCCUGCUCAUAUGUAACAUGAUCAGAUCUCACUGUGAACUAUGGGGAAGACUGGUUUUUAUGGGAGGAGUGGAAAUAAUUGCUCCCAGUGUAAUGGACAGCAGCCAUUAUGAAUGGCACUAUGGACAGAGAGGAUGCUGAGAUGAGAUCUCUCGUACACUGGCACGUCCUUAUCCUUAUCCCACUUAUACUCAGAUGAGAACAAUAUCUCUGUGUAUAGUCUCAUCUAUGUUGUUCUGUUUCCUAUUUAAUCAAUAAAACAAUAUAAGUACUUUGCAAGAUGAGAUCUGUUUAAGUUGUGAAUUAUAUCCUGCAUGUUUUCUACAUCGUGGCAGUUGGAGACAGAUAAGGAAUAAUGUGGGCACACAUUACGAUUUACUGGCUUGGUAUUAAGAAGCACUACAGCAUCUCUUGGGAGAAUUUUACGCGGAAAGGAAUUACAUGAGGGAAAAGUUCAAGAGCAGAGUAAAGAGAUAUGACAAACAUUCUAUAUUUUCACUGACAAAUCCCCACUGUGACUCACCGUCUUACUACAGCCUGGGCUCAGAGUGUCCUCAUACUGUAGGAACAUCAUUCCAACAUCAUCCACACUCAAAGCUCACUGACCUGAAAAGCGAGCAAAUGAAUGUCAAGAGAGCCCAGCCAAUCAGCUGCAAGGGAAAACGCUUAACAUGCAUACCUUAUUAUCAGGAAAAGGGUUAGGGAAUGUGUGUCAUUGCUAUUCUUAGUGUGAAAUGCUCCCGAUGGAUGUGCUGCAUUAUGUCUGAGAGGGUUAUUUGAUUUAGACGUUUAGUAUUAGUUUGAUAUCAGUGCAGAAAAGAACACAAUACAGAUACUUAUUUGAACUGAAAAGGCUGUCGUGAACAAAAAAAAGACUAUCUUUGAUGUUGCACAAAGGCUAUAAAUGUAGGAAAACAUGUUGAAAAGCAAGUCUAGUGGUGAGAGGGAAAAACCACAGGUUAAAGAUGGGACGCUGAUCUGAGUCAUGGGGUAACGUUAAGAGGAGUCUGCUGUUAGGAAUAAAGCGCAAAGGACAAAGGGUGAAUUUCUUACGAAAAAAAAAGCAGUGCGGUGGUGACACAAAAAGACCUCUGUGUACUUCAGGAAGCCAGAGGCUGCAAGCUGAGAAAAGAGGACCAUCAUUUUGCCUGAGAAAACACGAGGAUUUCACCGCAUCAGGUGUUGAUACAGACUACAGAGGGUAAAAGCAUCUCCCUGAGAAAAAGAACAGUCUCCCCCUGAGGCUCUGACGCAACACAGGUUUGCCUCUUAGUAACACCUGAGAUUUUGGGUUUAAAAUAUUGAAAAACAGUCUUUAACAGCAUGCAGAUUUAUCAUCACGCCUGUUAGAGCAGAGGUCAGGCUGGUUAUGAGGGCUCACAUUGUGACACAGCAUGAUAAAUUGUAUAAUGCUCUCCAUAUAGGAAACUGCUGAGAUUUAUAUGUAUCCUGAGUUCUUAAGAGGAAUCUGCAUUCAGUGAAUGCUGCCUUUUAUCAACAUCCCUUCACAUG